AUGGGCUUCUUAAACUCCUUAAAGAAACCGGUUAACAUUAAGACCUCACUCCCUAGGUUCUCCGGCAGUGCCACGGGUUCAUCGUUCACUUCGAGUAGUCACCCAAUAAAGACACGUUCCUUCCAAGAAUUACCCCCGGAGCUAUUCGCUAUUGCCAAACCUAUAUUCAGGUUGCUGCAGGCACAAGUAAACAAGGUCUACUUUCAAUCUUCAGGCGCUGAAGCAGCAUGGAAUAUUAAGGAUUCGUCUGGUCACAUUUUUGAAGCGGAAUCGAUCUCCUUGAUCGGUUCUCAUAUAGUCAUUACAGGCUCGUCUUUCGGGACCAUGAACGUUUCCAUCAUAGAUUCCCCAUCUAAUAUAAAUCAAUGCUCUAUUUCAAACGUUGGCGAAUUCCUGCAGUUCAAUUACGGCCAGUUGUCUGUUACAUGUAACGACUUUGCCCUACUAGAAGAGUUCAAAAGGUUGUGCAUGAUCUCCAUUUUCGAGUCUGUGUCCAUAUAUAAGGCCUUGACCGGUACAGUAAUUUCAUCCUACGGGUUAAGAAUGUCUGAUAUGCAUGUCAUUUUGAACUCGGCAUUUAAUUUCAAAGAUUGGUGCGAGAUUUAUCUCGAUGAUCAAGGCUGGGUCAAAGUGUGGUGCCAUAUUGACAAGGUGGCUAAAAGUAAUAGUGAUCAUGAUGCCAAAGGUAAAUACCAAAUCAGAUUUUAUAGAGAUGACAAGUCCACAUCUAGAAAAAAUUGCGUUCUUUUCAUUCCUGACAAUGAAUACGUACAAGAUUCGUUUUUUUAUAACGCCAACUCAAGUAAACCCUCUAAAAAUAUGAACGAAUUUUUCCAAGGAUUGCAGAUGAUAAAGCUCGUUGGUAAUGUGCGUUUCUGCGGUGAUACGGAUUUAAACGACAUAAUGGAUAGUGGGUCAAUUUAUAGUAAUGCGAACAAUGGGAGUGGUGACAGCAGCUCGACCGCAUUGAACAAUGAAAGUCCCAACACUACACCGAAGAGUAGAACUUUUUUCUCACCGAAAGGUCACAAAAGAAACGGUUCUCAUGUAAGUUCGCUAACUUCAAGAUCAACAAAGAAGCCCAUCACCAACUUCACCAUAAGUUCAAAAGGUCUCUUGAUCAGGCCAUUGCCGCAUCACGGUGUGCACCACCUGGAAGCAAUGAUUAGGUUUAUUGUUCCCUUGAUGGACUGUGCAAGGCUUUACGGGCGUCCAGUUCAAUUCAAGACAGACAGGACAGACAUAAACUCAUUAAUGUUUGGGUUACCCAAAUUGCCCUCAGUCGAUUAUUUUGCUCAGGAAGAGAUUGCCCAUUUAAUGACCCAGGAUUUUAAUCCCUUAAAAGAAAAAGACACCGACGAUACAAUGGCAUUGACCAUGUCGAGGUUUUCUAGCUAUUUACAAGAAAGAAUGACCAAAGUCUCUAAAAGAAACACCGACUUAAGUUUCAGGACUAUCGGUGAUGUAAUGGGCAUGUACAACCCUACAAGGGACGACGCUAAAGUGAGCCCUAUUGGCAAUGAAAAUAACUUAGUGAAGCAACUUUCGUUGAGCGAAAAGAGUAACACUAGCUCAGAUACAGCAGAUGUGAUGAACCAAUUCCAAGUGAACGCUCGUGAAUAUCAAAAUACUAUGCGCGAAUGUCCGCUUGUCACAACUACAUCACCCUUGGCCUAG